UCAGAUUUGAAAACGGGACCGAACCACAGGGCCUUCCAUGGCAGAUGGCAGAUGAGGCGCGAUGGUGGUGUGGCAGGUGCAAAAGCCAUGGCUGAAGCAGAACCAGCCCUACCGAGCCAACUUUCCCAUCCUGACCGGUGGCUAUGCCGGCUACGGCGGCAAGGGCCUGGCCAAGGGUUGGCAGCCGCCAGCGCGGAAGCCGCCGCCCACGGUGCCGGCCGACUAUCAGGUGGACGUCAAUGCACGGUACUUUGGCACGGUGAUCUUUUAUCACAAGUACAGGGGCUAUGGGUUCAUUGAGCCAAUGGAAGCUGAAAUCCCCACCGAAAAGGUCUUCGUUCAUUGGAAACAGAUCUCCAGCGACGAUCGGUUUCCGAUUCUGGUCAAGGGACUGGAGGUGGAGUUUAGCCUCAUGACCUGGAACCAGCGGGGCCUGAACACCCUGCGCGCCAACCAUGUGACGCUGGUGGGUGGUCUCAAUAUCGCUCUCCAAGAUGAACUGGACGCCAAUGAGAAGAUGUUCGUUGGUGGCCAACACUUGAGAUACACGGGGACCUUGAAAUUCUACUCCCCAAGGCACGGCUUCGGCUAUGUCCUCAUGGAUCAAGGCUACGAUGUGGAUGCUAGUGUCCCCGGCGAGCUGCGAGUGGAUCAUGAGGAGGUCAACGCUUCGGGACAACAGCCGGUGCACAUGCGCAACAUCGCCGUGGAGUUCGGCAUUUACAGGAACGAUCGGGGUCAGUACAAGGUCUACAACAUGACUUUGCAGGGAGGACACCCUUUGACCCAGGAUGCGCUGGAAAAUCGCAUCUCCAUGGGGGUUGGCACCUACAGAGGUCUGAUCGCCUUCUGGAAUUGGAGGCAAGGAUAUGGUUUCAUCCGACCGGAGCCCACUUGCCUGCUGCCCGAGAAGGUUGUGGCCAAAUUGGCAGAACAGGCUGAGGCGGCACGUCAGCGGGGCAAGCGCAUUGCGGAGGACACGUUGCUCUACUUCCGCAAGCCAGACGUGGCGCCGGGGCUGAACCCCAUGCAGGGUAGCAAGGUCGGAUUCCAAGUCUACAUCGAUGACAAGGGUGCUGGAGCUUGUGACGUCACUGCUUGAGCCACCCAAAGAUUGAACACUAAACAACUUAACCAUAAGGUGGUUCAAAG